AUGGAGGGACGCUGGGUAGGCACUUGGAGACCUCAUCCCCGACGGGGCCCAAUCCUUGCAGAAUUCAGCACCCCAGGUCCCAAGUACUGGAUCCCUGGGUCAACAGGUCAUAUGGCUCAUGAUCCCACCAAAGACAGAGCCCCUGCAUACUCAUUUCGAGGGACCAAAGCUCCCUCCACAGAAACCUGCUCACCAGGUCCUCGGUACUUCAUCCAUCCAUCCAUCACCAAGUCCGGGAAGUAUGUGUCACCAUCAGCACAUAUGAUAGGACGUCCCAAGACCAAGAUUUUGGUCACACCUGGACCCAGUGACUACACGACAGAUCCUGCCAACAAACAUGUCUAUUAUAAAGCACCGGCGAAUAGCCUGGCAUUCCGACCCAAGGACAUAAAAGGUUCCCGAACACCAGGUCCUGGCGCCUACACCCUGCCCAGGGUUCUGGGACCUCACACAGCAUACACUCAUGCUGAGCCAUGCUACUCCAUGAAAGGGAAGAGUCAAUACCAGAGCUGUUUUCAUGACUUGGCAAUGACACCAGGUCCUGCGGCAUUUGCCAAGGUGGAUAUGGAUUUCUACAAAACCAGGGCUCCCAAGUACACAAUGGGACUAAAAAUCAAAAUGGCUGGGAAGGAUAGGAUUCCAGGUCCAGCAGACUACAAAAUGGGAAAGGUGUCACUGAUCAAGGCCCGGGAUCCUGCCUACACAUUUGGAGUCCGACAUUCUGUCUACAAAGCUUCUUUAAUACCUGAAACACAUCUUGAUUAAAGACAGAUACCU